UCAGCUGGAGGUUGCAGGGCGGGAGCAUGUGAUCAUCUGGUGAGUCUGCUGCUUGCUUUGCCAUGGUGUGGCAGCAACGGGGAGAGCAAUGGAGGCGCCUUGAGGGACGCGGCCGGACGGCUGCUGCUUGGCUGGAUUCCUCGCCCGAGGGGGACCCCCGCCGAGCCGAGCCUUGAACCCAGCUGGGAAAUACAAUUAGUUGGUAUACCAAAGGACUGUAUGCAAGAUUCUGAUAUUGCGGGAAAGCCUGAGUGAAAACAUCUGAGAAGACUAAACUCCUUGAAGACAAGAAAAAGUCAAACAAAUUCCAGCCUUUCAAGAAGUUUUUCAAUCGGAGGAAAAAACGGGAGGUGACACCGGAUCGCGAGGAUGCCAAGCUGAAGCCCAGCCAUUCCUUUGGAAAUAUCUGCAAUGGCAUACUCUCUUCCGACGAAGAGACAAACGAUGGCUUGAGGUCUUCUGGUUAUAGUAUGGGAACACGGGCUUUUUCCCAUGACAGUAUUUUCAUACCUGAUGGGCGAGCAGAGAGUGAAGAGUCUGUUCAAGCAAUGUCACAGGAAAACAUCCUAGGCAAAGUCAAAACUCUUCAGCAACAGUUGGCCAAGAAUAUAAAAUUUGGCCAACCCUCACAAAUGACAGUUUCAGUGAAGACAACUGGGGAGUCAAACGCUAGUUUGGAGGCAGAUGUUUUACUGAGCAGCCCCAUGGAGACUGAGAUGCAGCAGGACUUGGCCAUCCCAGAGAACUAUAAUAAAUCAGGUGGCACGCCAGACUCGUUGAGCCCAGCAAGUUUGCGUGAAACAGGACAUGAAGUGGAAGAGAAGGUUACUCCGGUCAAGUCAUCUCGGCCAAAAAGACACCACUCUCCAUCUGGCACAAUUGAAACCGUCAAUCUCGAUGCAAUCCCUCCGGCGAUCGCCCGUCUGGACAACAGCGCAGCAAAGCACAAACUUUCUGUUAAGCCAAAAAAUCAGAGGGUGUCAAAAAAGCACAGAAGGUUACUAAAGGAGCCACAAAACACAACUGAGUUUGAACAAGAAAUCACAGAAACUCGAAGGUACGAAGGUAAAGUCUCAAAACACAAUGGCCAUCAUGUUGCAGACAAGCCAAUCCAAGAUACAGAAGGCCAAGAACAGAAAGAAGAAAAAAGAAAGCAAGAAGGCUAUUGGCAAAAUCUGGAUCCUGAGCAGAAAGCGGAAACAGCUGAAGCAGAAGUGAGGCAACACCUGGAACAUAAAAGACUUCAAGAGAGCCAAAGGGAAGAAGAAGGGAAAAAACAAAAGCUCCAGGAGGAAGAGCAGUUUUUCAAAGUGGAAGAGAGAAAGGAGCUAGAAGAAGAAAGGCAAGAAGAACAGACUUGCAGACACAAAGGGCUGGAAGAGCAGAGGGUGGAGGAAGGGCCUUGGGAAUGGCAAGAACAAAUGCAACAGGAAGGACAAAGGCAUCAGGAAGUGGAGAAACAAAAGCCACAGCAAGGACAAAAGCCAUCAGAAGGACAAAGGCACUCUGAGCUAGAGGUGCAAAGGCUACCUGAAGAGCCAAGCCAUCAGAACUGGGAAGAACAAAUGCCGUGGGAAGAACAGAGAUGCCAGAUGUCAGGUGAACAAAGCUCUCAUGGGUUGGCAGGACAGGGAAUGGAGAAACCAAAAGGAAAAGAAGAAAAUGGUAAUCAAGAGUUAGAGAAAAGCCAGCAUGAAAAGCUGUUACAGCAGGACUGGAAAAGCAAGAGAGAAAGUCAGGAGAAGCAAACAAAACAAACAAAAAAGCGAGGGCAGCAGGAACUGAAAAGGCAGAGACGACGAGAAUUAGCAGAACAAGUGCACGAGACUGACAGGUGGGUUGCCCCAAGCCCAGAAAUGCUGCAAAUACAAAAAAGAAAAAUGGAACAGAGACAACAAGGAGAGAAAAGUGGAAAUGUAGAAAACAAUGAAAAAUUGCAAGUGAAAGGGACAGGUGUGAAGCUGGAGGAGCAAAAGGCAGAGGAAUCUCUGCAGCGUCUGGAGCAGGAGAGAAAAAGCAAUGUUGAAGAAGCCCAGAAAGAAGAAGAGAGGCAGGUGAAGCCAGGAGGGCAUGAGAAAGGCCAACUGUCACCAUUAAAACAGUCUCCAGCUGAAAAGAGGGUCCUACAGGAAGACUCUGUAGAAAGGAAAGGGGCGCGCCUACCAGAAGGACAGAAAAGUCCUAGUCUAAAAGUACGCCAGCCACUGGAAAACCCAAAAGAACAAGACAGGUCCUUCCAGUUGCCAUUGGACAAACACAUGCAUGCAGAAGAGAAACAUUUAGAAACUGCUGAGCUCCCUGUUCAAGAAGAACGAAGCCCACAAAAGGUAAAGCAGCCGGACAGAGAGCUGAAGGAAGAUGAAACACUCAGACACAGUCCGAGAAGUAACGUCGAUACUCAGGUGAAAGACAGAAUUCUAGGAGAAGAGCUCCGCUGGCAGGAAGUGGAUGCAAGGCAAAAUAUGCCCAGGGGGUUCACCUUUCAAGUUUCUUCUGGAGAAAAACAAAUCAUAUUUCAAAAAGUGAAUCUGAGCCCAGUCACUCCCAUGAAAGAGGCACCACCUCCUUCUGUCUCAAAAGAACCGAAGGCUCCUCAGUCUAGUACGGGUGCCCAUGCUCUUCCGUCCUCUUUGUGUGUCCCACAUACUGCAAUCUUGGUCACUGGAGCACAGCUCUGUGGCACUGCGGUAAACCUGAAUCAGAUAAAAGACACUGCCUGUAAAUCUUUGCUUGGUCUAACGGAAGAAAGAAAAACUGCGGACGUCGCACAGGCAGAAGAUACGCCAAAAGGGUCGCCUGACGCCAAGCUUAGUGGCAGUAAAAUGAAGACGGCUCAGGAUCCAUUGAGCAACGACGCCAUAUUAGCUGAGUGGGCUACGAUUCGAUCCAAAAUCCUGAAAAGUGCAGAAUCUGGGAAAGUGAAUGAGAAAGACCGAGGGAGUAUUAGCAGGCACAGCGAUGACUGGACCCCUAAAGGGCGAGGGGCUUCUCAUAGUAAUUUAAGAAAAACCUUGUCAGCAAAUGCAAAGUUUUCUAUCACUCCUGCGUGGCAGAAAUUUUCAGAAACCACAAAGACUAACAUAGAUGCAGAGAGCAAACCUGGUCCUGAGACAGAGGACUUAGCAAGACACUUGAGCCCAUUUACAGGUGCGAACCAUGAAGCAGUUCCUAAAGAGGGAUUGCAGUCUAAAUUUAACACACUUGGAAUAUCUCUAGGGAAAAGUGAGGAGCCCCACGAAAUGGCAGAUCGCACAGAAGGCUGUAAGUUUGCCAAAGAUCUUCCCUCCUUUCUCGUCCCAGGAGUCCCUCAUUCUUUAGAGAAAGAAACAUCUCCGUCAGAAACCGCUGAAUCUCUGCAAAAUGUUGGUGUGAGGAAAAUAGACAAAGGGUCGCCCAAUGGAGAAGAGAAAGUUUCUCCAUUUGGAGUGAAAUUGCGGAGGACAAACUAUUCUGUGCGUUUCAACUACGAUCAGCAGGCAGAGCAGAAGAAGAAGAAGAGAUACAGUGCAGGAGACAGUUUUGAUGGGGUGCCCACCCCACUAGUUACCCCGGACAGUGACAAAGAUUCAAAUAAUAUCUUUUUGAAAGAAAACAAAUCCCCCAGCCAAGAGAAAAAAGAGACCGUUAUUCAUUCUGCACACGACACUCCAACCAAUGUCAAUCAAAAUUACACCACAGCUGCCCCAGCGUGUCCUUCAGCGAGCAGUCAGGGGUCUGUACCUAGUCAAGAGAGACCUAUCUGUAAAUCCCCACUUCUGCAAAAGCCAGCAUUAGCUCCAAAGCCCACCAGCCAAACCCCACCCUCGUCCCCUCUCUCAAAAAUGCGCCGAUCUCACCUAAUAGAGUCAGUUGGGCUGAGGGUGGCUAAAACAGAACCCGAUGCCUGUUGGAGAAGAGCGGAAGUGAAAGGGAGCUCUCUGCUCGCUCAGACUCAGGAUGAACGCAAGAACGAGGAGGAGGAGUCGAGGGAGAAGAAGUCGUUUUUCCCAUCCAUUACCAUGCCCUGGAGAGAAAAAACAGAGAAAAAGCCAGAGCCACUGAAAAGAGAAAGGCCUGUUCUUCAGAGCAGGCAUUCCAUAGAUGGCUCCAAGGUGAUGGAAAAAGUGGAAUCAGCUCAGCCCCUCUGGAUUACACUGGCUCUGCAGAAGCAGAAGGGUUUCCGAGAGCAGCAAGCAACGAGGGAGGAGAGGCGGCAAGCCAGAGAAGCCAAGCAAGCCGAGAAACUGGCAAAAGAAAAUGCCAGUGUAAACAAUCAGCCGGAUAAUAAAAGCAGUGGUAUCAGCAGGAUAAGUUCAUUGCCGAAAUCCGCAACCCAGGAAGAGGAGAAGAAAGUUGAAACUCCCUUGACAAGGCUUGAACGUCGAGAACAGCUAAAAAAAUCGAACACUCUUCCAACAUCUGUGACAGUGGAGAUAUCCAAUUCUGUUCCUUCGUCGCCCUUGGCAAAAGAAGUCGCAAAGAGAUUCUCCAACCCUGAUGCUAAUCCCGUGUCAACAGAACCCGCCUGGCUGGCUUUAGCCAAGAGGAAAGCGAAAGCUUGGAGUGACUGUCCACAAAUCAUCAAGUAAAUGGUGCUGUUGCGGCUGGUCACUCUCACUUAUUAAUUGCUCCCAAGUUUUUAUUAGUUUUUUCUCAUGACAGAACAAAAUGAACAGAAUUAAGUGCAAAUUGUAUAAGAAUAUGAACCCUUGGGACAGUUUUCCAUUUCUGUUGGCUCACUGCAGAGUUCAUCUACAUUAUAGAAUCUAUUACGUUCAGCCUCCAAGUAAAGGGGAAGAGGCAUGCAGGUUUCAUCUGUCUGAAAGAUAUCGAGAAGUUUCAGAUCCUGGCCACUUUCUGCUCCAGGAUUCCUGAAUUUUGGCUUUGGAUUUCUACUUGUCUUUGCUAUAUUAUUGCAAACAAAGUAGAGAUUCCAGCUGCUUCAGUUUUGAAAAUGAAUGUAAGGUGCAUGUUUCUAAUUUUUAGUUGAGAAUGUAAUGCCAUUUACUGGAAAAUUAAAAAAAUCUCUACUCAGGUACAGGAUUUGGGAAGAGCCAUUCCUGUCUUAGUAGUAGUAUUCAGAGUAUAUAAAGAUUAGUUUGUAUUAAUGUAACCAACCUAGUGAUGACCUGGCACUGAAAUAAUUUCUUUCAAGACCCAUAAAAGCAUGAAUAUGCCUAGUCGUACCACAA